AUGCUGGAGGAGCUGGUGGACAACUCCUCCAUCAUUAACGAGCACCGCACUCUUAUGAGUGCGAUUAUGCAGGGUGUUUGGUUCGUCCAAUCUGGACUGACCGACGCUGUCCAAGGCCUUUUAACAGGCUUUGAGGCAUCUUCCAUGGCCACGGCUGCUAAUGUCGCGGCGUUAGAGGAGAUGGAUCCGAAGCUCAAGCUUUCCGAUAAAGAGCUUGACCUUGUCAACAAACGGCUUGACGAGGUGCAAGCUAAGCCCUCUGCCGCCGCUGAUGUUGAGGGCUUGAGGGAGGCCCUGAAGAAAGUCGAGGCCGAGGCGGACGCGAAGAAGACGGCCGCUGAGAAGGCAGUGGCCGAGCUUGAGAAAGCCAAGCUUGCUGCUGAGCAGCACGAGGCUCGAGUGACUGAAGUCCAAGUGGAGCUCCAGGAUGCCACCGAGAAGCUAGAGGCCCUUGAGAAGGGGCAGGAGGAGCAAUCUUCCCGGCUAUCCAAGGCGGAGAAGUUUUCCCUGCUGACGCGAGUCUGGCGCUCUGCAGGCGUCUUUGUUGAACUUCCAAAGAAUGUGGCGGCCGCAGCGAGGUACUAUGCCACCGUCGAGGAGGACUCCAUGCAACGGCUCUUCUGGUCGCAGUGUUUGGAUUUUGAGUGCCCUCCCCUCCUCAGCGACCAAAUGAAGCAGCUGAUGGAGAUGCAUCGGAUGUCCAAGCUGGCCGUGAAGGACCUCUGUAAAAUGCGGGAGGCGCCGCUCUGGAUUGACGCCGUAAAGCGGUCAGCAUGCCUUGAGGGGCCGAGGCUUGCAUUCGCGAAGACCAUGGAGAUCGAACGCGAGAGCGAUCCAACGGUUUCAAGAGACCUUUCGAUCUACUCCCUCCGUCCCGAAAUUCAUGUCGCAGCUGUCAUUUUGCAAUUUAGUCCUCAGCCUUCUCCCGACCGAACCCGAAGUCCCUCUGCGUGGUCGCUCUCUUCCUCCUUCCUCUCCGACCGGCCGGCACCACCGACGCCGUUUCCCUCCGCGCAGCUCCACGCUGCCUGCGCCUCCUCCCCCUCCCCCGCAGUUCCUCUCCCUCCCCAGCGCCGGCGCCCUCUCCCUUGCGCGCGUUACCGGCGCUCUCUUCCUCUCGCAUGUCCCUCCGCAUCGGUAAAAAACCGAUUUUCCCCCUCCGGCUCUUCGAUCUGCAGCGGUCGUGCUCAGUCUGCGGCGGAGACUACCAAUACGGCGCGACAGAGCUACUUCUGCCGGUCGCCUGCACGGGGCUGCUGCUGCUUGUCGUCAGCAGCGGCGGCGGGAUGGUGGCGGCGAGCUCCGACAUGUUCCUCCAUCCGCUCUAGGACUCCACCGCCAAGCACACCAACCUCAAGGCAUAUGAUGUGCACCCUUGGUCGCCCGGUCCGACGAACUGCUAACGAAACAACGCCCAACGUCAUGAGUGUGCUCACGUUCUGCAAUCAAGCAACCGCCCUUCUCCGUUCUCCUCCAGCAGCAGCAAAAGAGAGUGCAGAGGAGGAGCAGCAACAACAACACGGGCACGGGAGAAGCAGGCGACAGGGGAGAAUCACGGGAGACAGCAGAGCUCCACCAGCAGGAGCUCGAGGAGAAGCAGCAGUGGGAGCUCGGGAAGAAGCAGCAACCGGAGCUCAAGGAGAAGCAACAGGGGGAGCUCGAGGACGCGCGGGAGAGCAGUUCUGGGCGGAAGCGCGGAUCUUGGCGGCGGCGCAUGUAUGGGCGGCGGCGGCAGAGCAGUUGGGCGGCAACGCAAGUCUGGGCGACGGGAGGGGAUCGAGGCGGCGGAGGCGACGCCCCUAGGAACCGCGGCUGGAGGGGACCGCAGCUGGCCGGCGCCGGCCCCUCUCGGACGAUGAGCGGAGGAAGAAGACGGGGCGGAGGGGUCUGUUUGAGACAAUUUUGAGAUGACGAGGUUUUGUUUGCAAAUUUACCAAUGAACUGGGCGUGCGACAUUAAUUUCGGGACGGAGGGACCGGCGACGCACACAAACCCUAAUUCCAGAAACAUCCCCUCCGACCUAGGCUAUGGCUUUCAUCGUGUCCAAGCUCGCGCGGGCAGCCCUCGCAUCCCGCCCCGUUGGAGAUAUUGCUGGUGGCAUCUCCCCAUGUCUCUCCCGGCUCUAUCUGGCGGCUUGUACCAGCCGUCGCAUGUUUGCAGCUUCUGGCGGUCCCAUGUCAAAAGAUGCACCCCGAAUAUUUCCCCUUGUUGAUGAGAAUUCCAUUAAGUCGAAGGAAUCCCUAUGGGCCUUGUAUGAAUGCUGGUGCAAGUAUUGGGGGGUAUCCCGUGACCGUGAAGAGAUGGUCCGCCGGUUCAAGUCAUUUGAGGCUACUGCACAGUGGGUUUACAAAAUGAACAACUCUGAGUGUUCGCAAGUGUCUCAACUGGGCCCGCAUGCAGAUAUGUCAGAGAGGGAGUUUGCUCAGCUGUUUCCUCCACUUCCUGAGGAUGAUGAUGAAGACAUAGAAGUGCUGGUGCCCGGUGAAGAUUUGGGCCAGGAGCUUGAGGAGCCCUUAAAUAAUUAAACUAUGAACUUGUCUUACUCCAUCCGUUCCCAAAUAUAAGUCUUUCUAGAGAUUCAACAAGUGACUACAUACGGAGCAAAAUGAGUGAAUCUGCACUCUAAAAUAUGUCUACAUGCAUACGUAUGUUGUCCAUUUGAAAUGUCUAAAAAGACUUGUAUGUAGGAAUGGAGGAGUAUUUGGUUGUGGUAAUACUGUGGUACUGGGAUUAUUGUUGUUAUCUGGUUGUUCUCAUGGAACCAAAUUAGAAUUGAAAUAACUUUGUGUUAUUGCUCUAACCACCUUUGCAUUAUGUGCUUGA